AUGGGUAUCAGAGACACCGCAAACACCGACGUAUUCAUAUACACCACAAAAAAUGGCUUGUCUUCACGCCAACGAAAGCAACACUGCCAAAAACUCACAGAUGCCAAAAAGUUGGAUAUCGUCCACAACAACACUGUCACGAGCAACAGCGAAAUGCCUAGCGUCCGCCUCGCAACGCCGCCCAGUCCCAUCUUUGCCUGCCAUCCGGAUGACCGCACCGUCGAUCUCGACCGAUUUGUAGACGCAACCGAGGCGCUCAGCCUGUCGGUGCUCGAGAAUGACCUCCUCGGAGGACGGUCAUGA